AUGGCUGGUCCCGACGAGAGGUGGAGGUACCGGUAUAUGAUACCUUCAGCCGGUUCCUGCUGAAAAUUUUCUUCCUUCACUGUUUUGUUUCUACCUCGCUCCUUCAAUAUAAUUUCAUUAAAUUUGCUGUUACUUCUAUCUUUAUCUAACCGUGCUUUUGUGCGAUCAAAAUAGUAGAAGUUGUCUGAGUAGCGCGGUGAGAAUUAGAUUAUCCCCGGGCGGUAUAUUGUUGAGUUUUCAAACGAUAGGCAAGUAAGGGUCCAAGCUGAUGUAUGUGCCUUGCCCCCACAUGUUUGCUGUUAAUUUCUAAUGAUGAGUUAGCCUGUUGAGGGGUUUUAUAACGUCUUGUCUACCCAAGGGAUAAAGGUUACCCCUCAAGUUAAUAUUACCUCAGUUGUAUUCCUUGGAACAUCUUUUACCGCUGUUAGUGAUGACGGUAAUAUCCCGGUGGAGGUUGCGGCCCUUGAGGGUGUUUCGAGAAUUUGGCCCGUGAGCAGGAUACCUAGAACUAUCCCGGAGAUUCAUGAAGUUGGGCGAAAGGCUGUUGUGGCAAUCGUGAUUACCUCCACCCGUUUAUAGUGCUUGGGCUGAUCCCCCUAGGUUGAUACAGGAAUAGACUACACUCACCCCCCCCCCCCUCGGCGGUGGCUUCGGUCCGGCGUUCAAAGUUGUUGGGGGAAUAGAUGUUGUUGGCGACAAUUACGAGGGCACAAACUUCUUCCCAGAUCCAGAUCCUUACGAUUGCUCCGGUCACGGGACCCACGUUGCUGGAAUCGUGGCUGGUGAAGACAAAAACUUCAUCGGGGUAGCUCCUAGGUCAAAGCUUCUCUCGUAUAAAGUCUUCGGAUGCAGGUGCGAUGGCACAGGACAAGAUGUGUUGAUACAAGCUUUCGUCCAAGAUUAUGGAAAUGAGGCGGACAUUAUCAAUGCUUCUAUUGGAGGUCCCGGAGGCUUUCCAAGAGAUGCUUGGGCAACUGCAUCCUCUAGAAUUCUCCAGCAGGGUAUCUUUACCAUCUCUCCUGGUAAUAGUGGUGAUCGUGGGCUGUUUUAUGCUAGCUCCGGAGCAACGGGAGUAGAUAUUAUGUCCGUUGCGUUGAUUACAAACGAGGAGUACUUUGCAUUUAAAACAGAGGGGGUAUCGGGAGAUAGUACAAGAAGGACAUUGCUUAUUUCCAGAGUGGUGUGGAGGAGUUCAAGCUGGCCGGAUCAGUACCUGUUUAUGUCACAUCUCUGGAUAAAUUUGCCAGAAACGAUGCCUGUGCGACUCUGACUCUGCCAGAAGAUACUCCGGAUCUCUCUAGAUAUCUGGUUGUUGUGAGACGUGGAGGUUUCUAGUUUAACAUCAAGGAGAAGAACCUGGUGGAUAAGAAUGCGACAUAUAUCUGGCUUUGUAAUACGCCCAAGACACCGAUUGUGUAUCCCGGUAUCGAAGAGUCCUCUUCCAAUUUGCUAUGAUUGCCGGACAGAAUGGAGAGUUCAUUGUGGAGCAAUUUGCAAGCGGUGGGAAAGCUACAUUGAACUUUCUGCAGGAACCUCAAGGAGUAGGAAUCAACAAUACCUCGACUGAGGGCAAGAUGCUCCCUUUCACUUCUUGGGUGCCAUCAUUUGAAGCGCAGUUUAAGUCUGAGAUUAGUUCUCCUGGAGGUUAUAUCUACUCCACCAUUCCAGUGAAGCAAGGAUCGUAUGCUGUGUUCAGUGGAACAUCUAUGGCAUCUCCGUAAGCCCUCCCCAGAUCCUAACAGUGUGCAAAUUAUCAUAAGCAGAUAUAUCGUAGGAGUGGCAGCACUUUACCUGAGCAAGUUUGGCAGUCGCAAGCAGCUAGGCUAUGCUGGGGUUAUAGAACUCAAAAACUGUAUGAUCUCGAGCGGUACUCUAGUAAACUGGAAGGACAGCACCAGGACGGAUCCCACAAGACUAGCUCCAGUAGCCCAUCAAGGGGCUGGCUGCGUGAACGCUCUCGAAGGUUGACCAACACCACCACAAUCUCACCCGGAAGACUUGAACUAAACGACACAAAAAAAAACUUCAAACCAGAACAUACCAGAACCGUCCGGAACUCUGGUAACCAAGAAGCCACAUAUACUUUCACCCACGAAGUCUCCAGGACAGUGAACACUUUCAAGCGUGGGUCAAAAGUCUCGCAAAUGUUCCUCCCAACCUUCGUCAAUGGCUCCGCAGCCCUCCAGUUCCUCCCACAAAAUAUGACUAUACCAGCACACAGCAACGGUACCUUCAAAGUAGCCUUCACCCCACCAAAAGACUUGAAAACCACACAGCUACUAGUAUACAGUGGUAAGGUAGUGGUAACGUCCUACGGAGAGACUCUCUCAAUCCCACACCAAGGCAUCCAUGGCAACCUUCGGGACUUGAACAUCUGGAAAACCGAGCAGUUCCCCUUCAUAGCGUCCUAUCUCACAGGAAACAAGAUCCGGGGGCUAGUCACGGUAACCCUCUCCGGGGGCGACUUGCUAACAGCAGUUUUCGCGAAUACCUUUGGCACACCGGUGGUUCGCUGGGACGUGGUCACUGAAUACUACGAUACAAAUAAAUUCCUAUACCCACCUAUCGCUGGGGAGAGGGGAUUUGUUGGAUCAGUGAGAACGCUCAAGGGAGGGGUGGAUUUCCCCAUUUUCUAUGCGCCUAGACAUGAUCCGCUAGGGAUGGAGUUUUCCUGGUUUAAUUGGGGUGGGGGAUCGGCCAAUGGAAGUAGUAGAAUUGCCAACGGGGGAUAUCAGUUUGUGUCCAUGAUGCUGAGGGUUGCAGGGGAUAGGAGGAAGGUUGAGGAUUGGGAGACGGUCGCUACGAAGGUUGUUACUAUUGCUUCAAAGCCUUAG